CAGUAUAUAAAGACUGGAUGUCGACCGAUUUAGUCAUCAGUUCCAUUCGAUUCCAAGAACAGAACAACACUCCUCUCCUCAACAUGAACAAGUUCAUCAUUCUCGCUGCUUUGGUUGCCAUCGCUGCUGCCGCUGAAUACACGACUCCGGCGUAUCCAGCUCCAGCCUAUCCUGCACCAGCUUAUCCUGCUCCAGCAUACUCCAAGCCCGCCUAUGAAUACGAACCAAUGCCGUACAGCUUUGACUGGGCCGUCAAGGAUGAACCAAGCUACAACGAUUACUCUCACCAACAGUCAAGCGACGGCAAAGUUGUCACCGGAUCUUACCGUGUCGUUCUCCCCGAUGGCCGCACUCAAAUCGUCACCUACAAAGCUGAUGAGAACGGAUACGUCGCCGAUGUGAAAUACGAGGGAGAAGCCAAAUACGACGAAUACAAACCUGCCGCUUACUCCAAGCCGGCCGAGCCCGCCUAUUCUAAACCAGUUGAACCAGCCUACCCCGCACCAGCCUACCCCGAGCCGGCCUACCCCAGCAAGCCCGCUUACCCCGAGCCAUCUUACCCCAGCAAGCCCGCUUACCCUGAGCCAUCUUACCCCAGCAAGCCUGCUUACCCCGAGCCGGCCUACCCCAGCAAGCCUGCUUACCCCGAGCCGGCCUACGCCAGCAAGCCCGCUUACCCCGAACCAGCCUACCCCAGCAAGCCAGCCUACCCUGAGCCCGCCUACCCCAGCAAGCCUGCAUAUUAAUUUAGGACUGUGACCUGAAUUUUGUGUUUGAACCGAUCAAGAAAAAGGACAAAUUUAUGUUGAUCAAUUGCGUGUAAAUGCUGUCAGGUGAGAGUAAUCUGCUCUUCUAUGUGUCAUUUCACGAUGUGCUCGACUUGUAAUUUAUUAUACGUAACUAUGUGAAGUUAAAAUACAAACUCUUUUUCAAACAAA